AUGCAGAGGAGACACAGCAGCAACACGGAUGGCAUGCCCUCUGAAAGGAGCCGUAGCCAAACUCUGGGAUCGGAGAGCAGCCUGGAUGAGGGUGGUGUGUUCGACUGCCUAAAGCCUGACUCACCCGCUUCACCCCAGCAGCUCUUCUCCGGCUUGGUGGGUGUCCCCUCUGGCUCUGUCUCCUCUGCCCAGUUCCAGGCAGCCGGUUUAGUCCUGGGCUCUCCCCCUGAAGUUUUUAUCCAGAUGACCGCAUCGUCCAGAGAAGAAGGGGGCCCCCACCGCUCGGAAGGUGGACCCUUCCUCCCUCGCCCGCCUCAGCACCACCAUCACCACCAUCACCAUUUCCACCACCAGCCCCUACAGCACAGGACCUCAUCGCUGCUUCAGCAGGCCACAACAGCAGCCGGCUCUGAGCGGCAUGGCUCCAGGGAGGAAGCUCAGGAGGACCCGUCCACCCCAGCCCCCGCUCUCUCUGAGCUGAAGGCAGUAGUCACCUGGCUGCAGAGGGGCUUCCCCUUCAUACUCAUUCUGCUGGCUAAAGUCUGCUUUCAGCAUAAGCUAGGUAUUGCUGUGUGUGUGGGGAUGGCCAGCACAUUUGCCUAUGCUAAUUCUACAUUCAGGCACCAAGUUUCAUUACGGGAGGACCGCUCUGUAUUCAUCGCUCUGUGGAUCAUCAUGUUCCUUGCGGGGAACAUUGUGUACAUCUACUACACAUUCAAUCAAGAGGAACUGCACAACAGCCUCAUAUUUGCGAAGCCCAACCUCAGCAGCUUUGACUUCUUUGAUCUAAUCUGGGCGGUGGGCAUCACAGACUUUGUCCUUAAAUACUUCACCAUUGGGCUGAAAUGCUUUGUCCUCUUUCUGCCCAAGAUUCUCCUGGCCUUCAAAUCCAGGGGUAAGUUCUACCUGCUGAUUGAAGAGCUGAGCCAGCUGUUUCGGGCUUUGGUGCCCAUCCAGCUGUGGUACAAGUACAUAAUGGGAGAAGACCCUUCUAACAGUUACUUCCUGGGAGCCACGCUCAUUAUCAUCUACAGCCUCUGCAAGUCCUUUGACAUUUGUGGACGUGUGUCUGCUAUACGGAAGGCCCUGGUCAUGCUCUGCAGCUCCCAGAGCUAUGGAAUGAGGGCAGGCAGUCAGCAGUGCAGUGAGGCCGGCGACGUCUGUGCUAUUUGUCAGGCUGAUUUCAGAGAACCCAUAGCCCUUCUAUGCCAGCACGUGUUCUGCGAGGACUGCCUGUGUUUGUGGUUCGAUCGGGAGAGGACGUGUCCCCUGUGUCGCUCCACCGUCAUCGAGACGCUGCGCUGCUGGAAGGACGGCACCACCUCGGCUCACUUCCAGAUCUACUAAACUGACAUUUCAUAUAAGCACCCAGGAAGAUGUGAUUGUGCUGUAAUGCGAGUUUCUCUCUUUAUGUCAGUGUGGUAGUGCUUUAAGUCAGAGUAAGUCUAAUUUAUUGCAGUAGCUAACAGUGUGUGGCAGGCAUUGGAAGAUACCAGAACAGAACGUGUAAAUCUCGUAAUCACAUUUCAAUUGGCUGCAGUAGCCACAUGCUAUAAAUCAACCAAAUGAUAGACGCCUAAUAGAACAAUAACAUUGAUUCACACACAGUAAUGGCAGCAGUCUAAAUAAUGUGUACAUGUAGACUUAGGAACUGUUGUAAACUGUGAACAACACGUCAUUUUUCACGGGAUGCUGGAUUUAAAAAAAAACACCCUUUUGAUUUACUUUGAUACUAUAAACCAUAACAGCAUUCAAACCAUCUGUAGUAUGAUUUGAUCAGGUCUGUAUGUUUUUCUAUAUUCUUUUUUAUUCUGGGUUUAGAAAUUGGUUUUAAUUGUAUCUGAUAUUUCAUUUUAAAAUCCACAAUAUUUGAAUAUGAAAUGAAACUCUUUAAAUUUAAAUUUAAAG